AUGUCUGAUGGAUCUCACAGUACUUUCUUACGGGCGGAGUUGAAACCGCACGUUGAAAAGCUCUCGGAGCAAGAGGAACAGCGCUCUGUGGUGCGGUAUCGCCCGCAUGGCCCGUAUGAGGAGUGGUUAAUGUAUCAUUCGCCUCUGACUGAGCGGCAGGAUGCUACCGUCAAGCGGUUGGUCAUGCCAUGCAUCGUACGAAGCAGACGAGAACUUGGUCAG